AUGGACAGCAGAGGGAGGAGAGGAACUAACGGAUCGUUCAAACGUUCGUCCAUCAAACGCAGCGCGUCGUCUGGAUCACAGAAGACUCAGAGAGUGUGGAUCGAGAGAACUUUCCAGAAGAGAGAAUGUAUCCAGAUUAUUCCCGGCAAAGACACCAGCAGGUGUGGUUGUGGUCAGUUGGUGGCGCAGCACACCUUGGUCCCUCCAGGGGCCAAAGAGGAGGGGGCUCCUGUGGUUCAGGUGGAGGUCCAGCCUGCAGAGAGGUGGAGUCCUCUGAAACACACCCAGACCUCAUCCACCGACGCCUACGGAGUCAUCGAGUUCCAGGGAGGAGGACACGUCAACAAGGCCAUGUACAUCCGGGUCUCGUAUGACUCCAAACCAGACCACCUGCUCCACCUGAUGGUGAAGGAGUGGCAGUUGGAGCUCCCCACGCUGCUGAUCUCGGUGCACGGAGGACUUCAGAACUUCGACCUGCCGCCAAAACUGAAGCAGGUUUUUGGAAAAGGACUGAUCAAAGCAGCGGUGACCACGGGAGCCUGGAUCUUCACCGGAGGAGUCAGCACUGGAGUGAUACGUCAUGUCGGAGAUGCUCUCAAAGAUCAUUCGUCAAAGUCCAGAGGGAAAGUCUGCGCCAUUGGCAUUGCACCAUGGGGCAUCGUGGAGAACAAAGAGGACCUCAUUGGGAGAGACGUGAGUCGGCCCUAUCAGACCAUGUCUAACCCUCUCAGCAAGCUGUCCAUCCUGAACAGCAGCCACUCUCACUUCAUCCUGUCUGAUAACGGGACCAGCGGGAAGUACGGCGCCGAGGUGCGGCUCCGCCGUCAGCUGGAGAAACACAUUGCCCUGCAGAAGAUCAACACACGUUUGGGUCAGGGCGUCCCAGUAGUGUGUCUGAUCCUGGAGGGCGGGCCUAAUGUCAUCUCCAUCGUGUUGGAGAGUCUCAGGGAGGAGCCCCCGGUCCCUGUUGUUGUCUGUGAUGGCAGCGGUCGUGCCUCUGACAUCAUUUCCUUUGCACACAGAUACUGUGGCGAAGACGGGUUGCUGACUGACAGCGUCAAAGAUCAGCUGAUGGUCACCAUCCAGAAAACCUUCAACUACAGCCGCAGCCAGGCGCAGCAGAUCUUCAUCAUGGUGAUGGAGUGCAUGAAGAAGAGAGCGCUGAUCACAGUGUUCAGGAUGGGCUCAGAGGGACAGCAGGACAUUGAGAUGUCCAUCCUAACGGCACUGCUCAAAGGGACAAAUGCGUCGGCGUCUGAUCAACUGAGUUUGGCGUUGGCGUGGAACAGAGUGGACAUCGCUCACAGUCAGAUCUUUGUCUAUGGACUCCACUGGCCUCCUGUCAGCUCGUUGUCCUCCGACCGCCCCAAAAGUCCACCAGCCCAGCGAGCAGCAGGAGGAGGAGCAGGAGGAGCAGGAGGAAAAGGGAAGACUCGAGGCAAGAAAGGAAAAGCAGGCAAAACCAAACCUGAACCACCCGAAGAGACCGACCCCCGAAAACUGGAGCUGCUCAACUGGGUGAACUCUCUGGAGCAGGCCAUGAUGGACGCUCUGGUGUUGGACAGAGUGGAUUUUGUCAAACUGCUGAUUGAGAACGGCGUCAACAUCCAUCACUUCCUGACCAUCCCCCGCCUGGAGGAGCUCUACAACACGAAGUUGGGGCCAACCAACACGCUGCAUUUUGUGGUCAGAGACGUCAAAAAGGGGAACCUUCCUCCAGACUAUCAGAUCACACUCAUCGAUAUUGGCCUGGUGCUGGAGUUGCUGAUGGGCGGAGCUUAUCGCUGCAACUACACCAGGAAGAGCUUCAGGACUCUGUACAACAACCUGUACGGCCUCAAACGACCGAAGGCUCUGAAACUUCUGGGAAUGGAGGAUGACGAGCCCCGCCCAAAGGGCAAAGGAAAGAAAAACAAGAAGAAGGAGGAGGAAGUGGACAUCGACGUGGACGACCCCGAGGUCAGCAGGUUUCAGUACCCAUUCCAUGAGCUGAUGGUGUGGGCAGUGCUGAUGAAGCGUCAGAAGAUGGCGCUCUUCCUGUGGCAGCGGGGGGAGGAGGCCAUGGCCAAGGCGCUGGUGGCCUGUAAACUCUACAAGGCCAUGGCCCACGAGUCGUCCCAGAGCGAGCUGGUGGAUGACAUCUACCAGGACCUGGAGAACAACUCCAAGGAGUUCGGUCAGCUGGCCUACGAGUUGUUGGACCAGUCGUACAAACAUGAUGAGCAGGUGGCGAUGAAGUUGCUGACGUACGAGCUAAAGAACUGGAGUAACUCCACCUGUCUGAAACUCGCAGUAGCCGCCAAACACCGAGACUUCAUCGCCCACACCUGCAGCCAGAUGUUGCUCACCGACAUGUGGAUGGGCUGUCUGAGGAUGGGCAAGAGCAACAGCCUCAAGGUGAUUUUAGGGAUCGUGUUCCCUCCUGCCAUCCUCCUCAUGGACUUCCGUCUUGGAGAUGAAGCUUCAUUUCAUUUGUCCAAAGAGACAGAGGAGAGAAUCAAGGACGACGACAACAAAUCCAGCAAGGACGCUGUCUCCAAUGUGGACGCCACGUCAAAAAAAGGAGAUGAAGAAGAAGAGCAGAAGAAACACAGGAGAAAGACUCCGGUCAUGAGGAAGAUCUACGAGUUCUACAACGCUCCUUUCACUAAGUUCUGGUUCAACACGAUCUCGUACCUGGUGUACCUGAUGUUGUAUAAUUACAUCAUCCUGGUGAAGAUGGAGCGCUGGCCAACUCUCCAGGAGUGGAUCGUCAUCUCUUACAUCAUCACUCUGGGCCUGGAGAAGGUCCGACAGAUCCUGAUGUCAGAGCCGGGGAAGCUGAAGCAGAAGAUCAAUGUGUGGUUGGAGGACUACUGGAACAUCACAGACCUGGUCGCCAUCUCCGUCUUCCUGUUUGGUCUCCUGCUGCGUCUGCAGAGCGAACCGUCCAUGGGCUACGGCCGCGUCAUCUACUGCGUCGACAUCAUCUUCUGGUACAUCCGCGUCCUCGACAUCUUCGGGGUCAACAAGUACCUGGGGCCCUACGUCAUGAUGAUCGGGAAGAUGAUGAUCGACAUGCUGUACUUCGUGGUCAUCAUGCUGGUGGUGCUGAUGAGUUUCGGCGUAGCUCGGCAGGCCAUCCUCCACCCGGACGAGGAGCCGACAUGGCGUCUGGCUCGAAACAUCUUCUACAUGCCGUACUGGAUGAUCUACGGAGAGGUGUUUGCAGACUCCAUAGACCGUAAGACUAGAGUUCAUAUUUAUGCGAUGGAAAUAAAUCCUCCAUGUGGAGACAACAUGUAUGAUGAAGAUGGGAAGAAGCUUCCUCCAUGUAUCCCCGGAGCCUGGCUCACUCCGGCCAUCAUGGCAUGUUACCUGCUGGUCGCCAACAUCCUGCUGGUCAACCUGCUCAUCGCCGUCUUCAACAACACCUUCUUUGAGGUGAAAUCCAUCUCCAACCAGGUGUGGAAGUUCCAGCGGUAUCAGCUGAUCAUGACCUUCCACGACCGUCCCAUCCUGCCCCCCCCCCUCAUCAUCUUCCCCCACAUAUACAUCGUCCUGAGAAGGCUGUGCUGCCGCUGCAGACGGAGGACAGAAGGAGACCACGACGAACGGGAGAGACGACUCCAGCUGGUGCUGAGUCCUGAGGAGCUUAAGAGCCUGUAUGAGUUUGAGGAGCAGUGUGUGGAGGAAUAUUUCAGAGAGAAGGACGAUGAGAAACAGUCGUCCAACAACGAGAGGAUCAGAGUCACAUCUGAGAGGGUGGAGAACAUGUUCAUGCGUCUGGAGGAGGUGAAUGAGAGGGAGCACUCCAUGAAGGCGUCCCUGCAGACGGUGGACCUCCGCCUGGCUCAGAUGGAGGAGUUGUCUGGCCGCAUGAUGAACGCUUUGGAGAAGCUGGCGGGCGUUGACCGGGCCGAGCUCGUCCGUACUCACUCCAGAGGAUCGUCGGUCUGUGAGCCGGCUGCCCUGCUGCGACACAGUAGUGUCAACAGCGCCGAUGGUUACAGUCUGUACCGUUACCAGCUGGAGCACGAGGACAAGAUCUCUGUGUCUGGAGACAUGGAGGGAAACAACAGGAGGGUCCAGCAGAGUCCAGAAAGACAAGGAGGAAACACCGAGGAAGGAAACACAACAGGCACGACCAGACUCAUGACACAUUAAGGCUCGUUCAUGCUCAGCGUCAGAUAGAGACGGACGAAGCCUUCGGUCUGUACUCUGCGUUCAGUUUGUCCAUAUCUGUGCACGUUUUCUGAAAACUUACAGACAAACUGAAGCAGAGCCAACGGAGAUCGAUGAAGUGAAGCACAGUUCAAGUGAGACACGUCUGUAGGAGACGACCAAGACAUUUAUUAAAUGUCAGAACGUCACGGAUCAGUAAUAGAGUGAAAGAAUUUUGCUGUUGUAUGAAACUUCUGACUCCGCCCUCUAGUGCCAUCUAUUGGCUGUAUCUACGCUAACAUAAAGGACACAUGGAGGUAUGAGGACUGUGUUGUUUACACUGUUUGAAACAGACGAGUCCUGUGUCAAAAGAUUUACACAACUACAAACGAGGUGACGGUGGAGGAAGU